UAGGGCACUCCGAUGUUAAUUGGGAAAAAUUUGAGGAACUCUAAAAACCCAUCUGAGUUCUGGUAUUGGGGUUUAUAGAUAGCUAAUAAGUUCCUACCGUUUCAAAUUCUCCACAUGUGAAGAAAAACCCUAAUAUUGAACAUUUACCGUAGAAGAUGACAAAGAUAUACGGCACCGGAGUUUACGAUUUCAGGCGGCAUCGGGUGGCUGAGUACCCGGUGGCUGCGGACGGGCUGCCUAUUCCAGAAAAGCCUGUGGAAUCCCAACCGGGAACCAUUGUACCCAGCUCCAUUACCCUCAGCGAGAUACAAAGAGACCGUCUAACAAAAAUUGCUGUUGAAAAUUGGGCGAAAACCGCGAGCUCGGGUCCUAAGAAGCCCUUCAGCCCAGACCUUGUUAAUGAAAUUUACUACACCGAGUUAACUGUUAAAGGCGGGAGAAAUCCUGUGCCAUUGCAGAGGGUGAUGAUACUAGAAGUAAGUCAAUACUUGGAGAACUAUCUUUGGCCAAAUUUUGCUCCAGAGACGGCUUCUUUUGAGCAUGUGAUGUCUAUGAUAUUAAUGGUCAAUGAGAAGUUUCGAGAAAACGUGGCGGCUUGGGUAUGCUUUUAUAAUAGGAAGAUUAUGUUUGAAGCAUUCCUUGAGAGGGUACUUCGCCUAAAAGAGUGUUGUCAAAUGGCGGCCAUGGCGGUAUGGCGUGGUGGAUUUUUGACAAUCCGCCAUGCAAAAUUUGUGAAUGAUGGCGGUCAUGGCGGCGCCAUAGACUCCCACGGCAGCCGCUCUGGCGGAAUUUUGGCAAACCGCCAUGGAAGAAGUUUAACUAUUGCAGAGAAGACAAAUUAUCUGCUUUUUAUGAUCAACGUUUUCCAGAGCCUGGAAGAUGAGAUAGUAAGUGAAAGGAUUAUGAGAUUAGCGAGUUUGGACUGUUGGCAUAGCCUAUCAUAUGGUCGUUUUCAGAUGGAACUUUGUCUCAAUGAAAGUUUGAUAAAGAAAUGGCGAAGAGUUGCAAGACGAGCUAAAGAUGUGACCAAACGCGGGGAGGCAUUGGACCGCACAACCAUGAUGGAGUCAUACUUCCUGCGUAAUCUCAUUGAGGAGUUCCUGGAGGUCCUUGAUUCUGAGGUGUUCUCUUCUAAAUUAAAAGCGUCCAAGGAUAAUGAUAUAGUUGAUGUUCAUGGUCCUGAAGUUGUGGAUGAUGCCUGCGUUCUGUAUUGUGAAAGAUUCAUGGAGUUCCUUAUCGAUCUUUUGAGCCAACUGCCGACAAGGAGAUUAGUUCGGCCUCUUGUUGCUGAUGUUGCUGUUAUUUCCAAAUGUCAUUUGAGUGCUCUCUAUAAGCAUGAAAAAGGGAAACUCUUUGCGCAGUUGGUUGACCUGCUUAAGUAUUAUGAAUGUUUUGAGAUUGAUGAUCAUCAAGGUCGUCAAAUGACUGAUGAUGAGGUGCUUCAAGCGCAUUAUAAGCGCCUCCAGGCUUUUCAGCUAUUUGCAUUUAAAAAAAUUCCAAAGUUGCGAGAGCUUGCAUUGGCUAACAUUGGGGCGAUCAACAGGCGGAGCGAUCUUGCCAAGAAACUUUCAGUACUUUCUUCUGAAGAGUUGAGGGAUUUAGUAUGUACAAAGCUUAAACUGGUAUCGAAGAAUGAUCCAUGGUCUGAAAGAGUUGACUUUCUAAUUGAAGUAAUGGUUUCAUUCUUUGAGAAACAACAGUCUCAGAAAGAGGCAAUCAAUGCCCUUCCACUCUAUCCCAAUGAGCAGAUAAUGUGGGAUGAGAGCCUUGUACCAAGCAUCAACUACUCUGGGGAAGGGUGUCUUGCACUUCCAAAGCUUAAUCUACAGUUUUUAACACUUCACGAUUACCUUCUUAGAAAUUUCAACCUCUUCCGCCUUGAAUCUACGUAUGAAAUUCGUGAGGAUAUUCAAGAAGCCAUUCCGCAUCUUCUUGCAUACAUCAAUAAUGAAGGAGAAACUGCUUUUCGUGGCUGGUCGAGAAUGGCAGUACCAAUCAAAGAAUUUAAGAUUACAGAGGUCAAACAACCAAAUAUUGGGGAAGUUAAGCCAUCUGCAGUGACAGCUGAAGUUACUUUUAGCAUUUCCAGCUAUAAAGCACAAAUAAGAUCUGAAUGGAAUUCCCUUAAGGAGCAUGAUGUUCUAUUUUUGCUCUCUAUUCGCCCAUCAUUUGAACCAUUAAGUGCAGAAGAAGCAGAGAAAGCAACUGUUCCUCAGAAGCUUGGUCUUCAAUAUGUACGUGGAUGUGAGAUUAUUGAAAUACGUGAUGAAGAGGGAACUCUCAUGAAUGAUUUUACUGGCAGAAUCAAACGUGAUGAGUGGAAGCCUCCUAAAGGAGAACUGAGGACUGUCACUAUUGCCUUAGACACAGCCCAGUAUCAUAUGGAUGUUAGUGAUAUUGCAGAGAAGGGUGCAGAUGACGUGUACAACACCUUCAACAUAUUGAUGAGACGGAAACCCAAAGAGAACAACUUUAAAGCAAUCUUGGAAUCCAUAAGGGAUCUAAUGAAUGAAACUUGUAUUGUUCCUGAUUGGUUACAUGACAUAUUUUUGGGUUAUGGAAACCCUUCUGCUGCAAAAUGGACCAAUAUGCCGGACCUCCUUCAGACGGUUGAUUUCAAGGAUACUUUCCUUGAUGUUGAUCAUGUCAAAGAGAGCUUUCCCAAUCAUCAGCUUCGUUUUGUAAAUUUGGAUGGCACAGAUAACUUGCAUCCUUGUCCUCCAUUCCGUAUUAAGUUUCCCACAAAUGAUGAAGGCAAGGUCAAUGCUCUCCCUGGCAGUGAUGCAUCUACAAAAUCUUCAAAGGAUGUAAGUGCUGUGGAAGAUGGUAACUCUGAGAAAGUGGAGCUUCUAGUUGAGGCUUAUGUUCCUCCUGAUCCAGGGCCAUAUCCGCAAGAUCAACCGAAGCAAAACUCUGUUAGAUUUACGUCAACGCAGGUUGAAGCCAUUAUCUCAGGUAUUCAACCUGGCUUAACUAUGGUGGUUGGUCCACCUGGUACCGGGAAGACGGAUACAGCUGUGCAAAUCUUAAAUGUUCUUUACCAUAACUGCCCUUCUCAGAGAACUUUAAUAAUUACCCAUUCAAACCAGGCUCUGAAUGAUCUUUUCGAAAAGAUAAUGGAGAGGGACGUACCUGCUCGUUACUUGCUUCGACUUGGUCAAGGUGAACAAGAAUUGGCAACUGACCUUGAUUUUAGCCGGCAAGGUCGUGUGAAUGCCAUGCUUGUUAGGCGGCUGGAACUCCUGGGCGAAGUGGAGCGUCUUGCACGAUCUCUACAACUGCCUGAGGAUGUAGCUUAUACUUGUGAAACUGCUGGGUAUUUCUGGUUGCUUCAUGUCUACUCACGCUGGGAACAAUUUUUAGCUGCCUGUGCUGAUAAUCAAGAUAAACCAACAUUUAUUCAGGAUCGAUUUCCUUUUAAGGAGUUCUUUUCUAACACAACCAAACCAAUUUUCACUGGCGUGUCCUUCGAAAAAGACAUGCAUGCAGCUAAGGGUUGCUUCCAGCACCUGAAAACUAUGUUUAAGGAGCUUGAAGAGUGUAGGGCAUUUGAGCUGCUCAAGUCAACAGUUGAUCGUUCAAACUACCUUAUGACAAAGCAAGCGAAAAUAGUAGCGAUGACUUGUACCCACGCAGCUCUUAAACGGAAAGAUUUCCUGCAUUUGGGCUUUAAAUACGACAACUUGCUAAUGGAAGAAAGUGCGCAAAUAUUGGAGAUUGAGACAUUCAUCCCAAUGUUGCUGCAAAGGCAGGAAGAUGGUUAUGCUCGGCUUAAACGUUGUAUAUUGAUUGGUGACCAUCACCAGCUACCUCCUGUUGUGAAAAAUAUGGCUUUUCAAAAGUACAGCCAUAUGGAUCAGAGCCUGUUCACAAGAUUUGUCCGUCUAGGAAUUCCUUAUAUUGAGCUCAAUGCGCAGGGAAGAGCUAGGCCUAGUUUAGCUAGACUUUACAAUUGGAGAUAUAGAGAGCUUGGCGAUCUUCCUAAUGUGAGGGAGAAUGAUGUGUUUUGUAGAGCAAAUUCUGGAUUCUGUUAUGACUAUCAGUUGGUGGAUGUUCCUGAUUACCAUGGGAGAGGUGAAACUGCACCUUCUCCCUGGUUUUAUCAAAAUGAAGGAGAGGCUGAGUAUAUUGUUAGUGUUUAUAUGUACAUGCGAUUGCUUGGGUAUCCAGCCAACAAGAUAUCAAUAUUGACGACAUACAAUGGUCAGAAACUUUUGAUUCGUGAUGUUAUUAAUCGACGAUGUGUCCCUUAUCAUUUCAUUGGGCCACCACACAAGGUUACCACAGUUGACAAGUUUCAAGGACAGCAAAAUGAUUUCAUCUUACUAUCUCUUGUUCGUUCUCGAUUUGUGGGUCAUCUCCGUGAUGUAAGAAGAUUGGUUGUUGCAAUGUCCCGUGCUCGGUUGGGGCUUUAUGUUUUCUGCCGCCGUUCUCUGUUUGAACAAUGUUACGAGCUGCAGCCUACGUUUCAGCUUCUGCUUCAGAGGCCUGACCAUCUUGCCCUGAAUCUAAGUGAGGUAACAGCAUAUACGGACCGUCAUGUUGGAGACACAGGGCCAAUCCAGCUUGUUAGUGGAGUUGAUGAGAUGGCUAACCUAGUAAAUUACAAGAUGCACCUGGUCUACCAGACAAGCACAAUGAGUUAUGAGUUGAAUCAGUUCCCAGCUGAUUCAGGACAAGUGGCGGUGCAGACAGAGGAAAAUGGUAUAGGGAAUGGAGAGACACCAAGUGUUGGUGCCAUGGAUAUUGAUAUGCAUGCCCCAACAAAUGGCAGUGACAAGGUCAUACAACCUGAUGUUGACCAGUCAAAUCAUCUUGAGGCUUCUGUUGAAGAUGUAGUCCCAUAAUGAUGCCAUUCUACAAGUUAGUGCUGUAUUCUGAUAUUUCAAAACCUUGGAAAGAAUUGUAUUAGCCAUUAAGAAGAAAUGAUGAUUUAGCAUCUCAAGGCCCGUUUUCUUGUACACUGUGUUGGAGUUUGUGAUUUUGGCUGAGCUUUCUGAAGUUGUGACGUGGCAAUCGAAUUCAAAAGUUUCUGAAAAAAAAAAAAAAAAAA